GAGAAGUAGAAGAAGAAGAAGAAGCAGAAGCAGCUCCUGAUGGAGGUCGGAGCAAAAUGACCCUCUUCGACCCGACCCUGCUGCUGUGUGCGUUCGGCUUCUUCUCCAGCCUGAGGCCGUUCGAACCCUUCAUCACCGCUUUCCUGCUCGGACCGGACAAGAACCUGACGGAGACCCAGGUUGUAAAUGAAAUCUUCCCCGUCUGGACGUAUUCCUACCUGGCGCUGCUGUUCCCCGUCUUCCUGGCCACGGACUUCCUGCGCUACAAGCCGCUGUUGGUGCUGCAGGCCGGCAGCCUGCUGGUCACCUAUGUCUUGCUGUGGAAGGCGCGGGGCCUGCUGGCCACGCAGCUGCUGGAGUUCACCUUCGGACUGGCCACGGCGUCCGAGGUGGCCUACUACUCCUACAUCUACAGCGUGGUGGAGCCGGUGCGCUACAAGAGAGUGACCGGCCUCUGCCGCGGCGCCACUCUGCUGGGCUCGGCCGCCGGCUCCCUGAUGGGCCAGCUGCUGUUCUCCGUGGCUCAGGUGCCUCUGCUCCACCUGGCCUUCAUCACCCUGGCGUCGGCUGCGGUGGCCUUCAUCACCGCUUGGUUCCUCCCGAUGCCCAAGAGGAGCUUGUUCUUCCACACGAGUCCUUCAACGGCGGCUCUCAGCAGCAGUUCUCCGUCAGAGCAGAUGAAAGAGAGCAAAGAGGCCAUGAUACCAAGGUCUCCUGAGGCGAGGAAGGGAGGCAGCAGGCUCCUGGGGGUUCUGACGAUGCUGUUUGAGGACUUUGUGCAGUGCUACAAGUGUCGCCCCCUCCUGGCCUGGUCCGUCUGGUGGGCGCUCUCCACCUGUGGUUACUUCCAGAUCAUCAACUACACUCAGGCUCUGUGGGAGGACAUCCAUCCGUCCGGCAAACUGACGAUCUACAACGGUUACGUGGAGACUCUGGCCACGCUGCUCGGGGUGGUGGCGGCGCUGCUGGUGGGGUACCUCCCCGUCUCCUGGUCCACGUGGGGCGAGUUGGCGCUGUCCCUGCUGUCCUGUCUCAUGGCGGUGUGCGUGUUUGUGAUGGACACGCUGAGGAACAUCUGGGUCUGCUACGGCUGCUACAUUCUCUUCAGAGCCGUCUACAUGCUGCUCAUCACUAUGGCCACCUUCCAGAUCGCCGCCAGUCUCAGCAUGCAGCGCUACGCUCUAGUGUUCGGCGUCAACACCUUCGGCGCUCUGCUGCUGCAGACUCUGCUCACCCUGGUGGUGGUGGACUCUGCCGGUCUGGGCCUGGACAUUCACACCCAGUUCCUCGUCUACGCCGCCUACUUUACCGCCAUCGCUGUGGUCUUUCUCAUCGCCUGGCUCUGCGGCGUGGUAUCCAAGCGGAUCUCCAAGAAGGAGGAGCCAUCUUUGGAAGUGCAGGAGUUGAGUUGUUCUCCCGAUGGGACCUCCUGCAUGUAGUGUGGAGUUACCUGGAUCCGCUCACAACCCAACAAGAGCAAAAACUGAGCUCCACAAAGUGAAAAACCAUGCAGCACAAAGGGUUGCAUUCACUUAUUUUCACCACUAGGUGGUGCAGUAGUCUGUAGUGUGCUGUUGAAAGCACGUCAGGUGAUGAAGAUGAUGGAACCAAAAGCCUUUCCUCGUUUCUUUGAUUCCUGAAUCGUCUGCUGGAUGGAAACGGUGCAACAAGGUUCUGUGCUUUUAUUUUGACGACCCCAAGUCGUCUGAACUAAAAAGAAGCAGCACUUUUGGCCGUAGUAGCAGGAACAGAGAGUUGUGUACGCUCUCUGUGGGCUAGGACAGCAGCUGUAGGAUGUUGGCCACCAGUGUCCGUCAGUCGGUCUGGAUUGAUAACAGUGAUGCCUCAUUCAACAUUUAAGCCAUCAUAUAAGAGAUGAAAUCCUGUGUGGAAUCUCUAAUGCAUGUGUUGAUUAAACCCAUACGGUCAA